UUGUCUUGUCUUAAAACUUUUCAAACCAAAACCAUUGUAUGAAUUUUGUUCAUAAUAUUUAUAAUCUUCACAUUUUUUUCUUCACAUAAUUUCAUUGUCACAAUCACAAUCACAACAACAACAACCUUCUUUAGACUUUACUCUUCAACAACAACAUCACACUCUUUCAGUUUCAGCACAACCUUCAGAUUCAUCAUAAUUCAAGCAGUAACAAUCAUGUAUGGAAAAAUGAGAUCCUUGUUUGCCGAAACCUACAGUCUUUAGUAUUUGGCGAAACCUUUAAUCUUCGGUGUUUGGCAAAGCAGAAGAUAUAACACAACAUCUUAAGAGGUGAGCGUUUAAAAUGGAAAAUACAAGGCGCUGGUUUAGUAAGUUGAGGUUUAAAAGAAAGGAAGCUACAAGCACGUCAAAUGCGGUGAACGUAAUUGAUGAAAAACUGCCUUCAAGUGAAACCAAACAGAAGGUUGAAGCUGCUAAGCAUUACGUAGAAAGUUAUUAUAAGAACCAGAAGCAGAGCCAGCAGGAGAGGAAAGAAAGACGUAAUAUGCUAGAAAAGAAAUUGGCUGAUGCCGAAGCAUCCGAGGAAGAGCAGAACAAUUUACUUAAGCAUUUGGAGAAAACAGAGACAGAAAUCAUGCGCCGGCAGAGACUUAAGAUGGGGUCUGAUGACUUUGAGCCCUUGACUAUGAUUGGGAAGGGUGCAUUUGGAGAGGUUAGAAUCUGCCGGGAGAAGGCAACUGGUCAGGUAUAUGCUAUGAAGAAGCUUAAGAAAUCAGAGAUGCUUCGUAGAGGACAGGUUGAACAUGUCAAAGCUGAGAGGAACCUUCUUGCAGAAGUUGAUAGCAAUUGCAUUGUAAAACUUUAUUGUUCCUUUCAAGAUGACGAGUAUUUAUAUCUCAUAAUGGAGUAUCUACCCGGUGGAGAUAUGAUGACGUUGCUGAUGCGGAAAGAUAUACUGACUGAAGAUGUAGCUAGGUUCUAUAUCGGGGAGUCUGUGCUAGCCAUAGAGUCUAUUCAUAAACAUAAUUAUAUUCAUAGAGAUAUCAAGCCUGACAACUUGCUGCUGGAUAGAAAUGGUCACAUGAAAUUAUCAGAUUUUGGAUUAUGUAAACCGCUAGACUGCAGUAACCUUCAGGAAAAAGACUUAUCUGUUGGAGUUAACAGAAGUGGAGUCCUUCAAAGUGACGGACGCCCUUUACCUCCUAAACGAUCACAACAGCAGCAACUGGAGCAUUGGCAGAAAAAUCGCAGCAGAAUGCUGGCGUAUUCUACGGUUGGAACACCUGAUUAUAUUGCUCCAGAAGUUCUUCUGAAGAGAGGAUAUGGCAUGGAAUGUGAUUGGUGGUCUCUAGGAGCCAUAAUGUAUGAAAUGCUUGUGGGGUAUCCGCCAUUUUAUUCAGACGAACCAAUGGCAACAUGUAGAAAGAUUGUAAAUUGGAAAACUUAUUUAAAAUUUCCGGAAGAAUCUAAACUAUCACCAGAGGCAAAGGAUCUUAUUUGUAGUCUCCUAUGUAAUGUUGAACAUAGGCUUGGAACUAAAGGAGCUGAUGAAAUAAAGGCUCACCCAUGGUUCAAAGGUGUUGAAUGGGACAAAUUGUACCAAAUGAAAGCUGCUUUUAUUCCUGAGGUCAAUGAUGAAUUAGAUACUCAAAAUUUCGAGAAAUUUGAUGAGGUGGACAUGCAAACUGAACCUUCCUCACAGGCAGGGCCGUGGAGAAAGAUGCUUCCAUCUAAAGAUAUUAACUUCGUUGGUUACACAUACAAGAAUUAUGAAGUGGUGGAUGCCAGUGUAAUACCUGGAUUUGCUGAAUUGAAGAAGAAGUCAAAACCUAAAAGGCCUUCAAUUAAGUCCUUAUUUGAGGAUGAAUCAGCUAAGGCUUCUUCUCAUCAUCAACCUGUAAGAGGGAGCUUCUUAAGUCUCUUGCCUCCACAAAUGGAAACUCCAGAGAAAAAUGAAUCACAAUGAUCUAAAACUAAUAUCUUACAGGUUUUCUAGUAGGCUAUGACCAAAUGCUGAUAACUUCUGAUUGGUUUUCUUUUUGGUACAUUCUUUGUUAGUUUGAUUUUAUAGUUUUUGAAAACCAAGGUUCUGAAAACUUCUGGUUUUGGAUAGCUGGUUUUUUUGUUGGCUUACUGGGAUAUUUAUUGUUUAGAUAAAUCAUUUAAGGUGUAUAUUCUUUAAUUCACCUAAAAUUUAUUGUAACUGCUAUUGGUGAAGUGCUGAUAAAAUUCUGCAAUUCACAUACCUUCAUAGUAUUCUUUCCCCUUUGGUAUAUAUAGAGGUUGGUUAUUUGUUUGUAGGCUAA